AUGGCUGGUUGGAAAAAAUAUGCGCGAAUAAUUUUGCCUCACAUCGGUCUCAUUAUUUUGUCAUUGUUGUAUGCCAUUGGUGGUGCACUUGCAUUCUAUCAUUUGGAACGACCUAAUGAAAUUGCUGUGAGACAUGAAAGCUUGAAAGAUAUUUCUGCUCAAAGAAAAUUGAUGCUUGACGAAUUAUGGAUUAUGCUGAAUGAUGAAUCAAUCUCAGAUGAAGAAGGAUGUCGAGGAGGAAUGCCGCAAGAUAAGAAAGAGGAAAGAGCAGCUCUGAGAGAGAGAAAUUCGAAGUGUCUGGACAUUUUAUUAAUUUAUAAAUCAGUGCGAAGCUAA